UAAAUUCUGUGUAUGUUUUUCCAUUUGCAGGGUAGCUGAAAGUACAGGGAAUCACCACACAUGAUCCAGACAAACCCACCACUGAUUUCGGCAUUUCAGCACUCCAUUCCCCAGCAUUUCUAGAGUCCAGUCCACCAUGGAUGUACGGGCAGGAAUUUUUCUCUACUGGCUUCACAUUAUUUGCACAGGCGUGUUUGCUGAUGUUUGGAAGGUGCAUGUAGAGCCUGAAAUGAAGGCUCUGGUCUCAUCUUGUGUCGUGUUGCCCUGUUCAUUCAAAUACCCUGUUCAAGUACAGCCCUCUGAUCGUAUUAGAGCUAUAUGGCACAUGAAAGACAACUGGGAUGAUAUUAUUUUUCACGGAGACUCUACGAGGGUUAAAGACAGUUUCAAGGGUCGUACAAAACUGAUUGGUUCACUGGGUGGUUCCAACUGCUCCUUGGAGAUUGAUGAGGUCAAAAACCAUGACAACGGCCCGUAUUGUUUCAGGGUGGAAUUAGAAACAUCUGAAAAAGACAAGUACUCCUUCGUGGAAAACUGUGUGUCGAUUAAAAUGAUUGAGCAAGCAUCAAAACCAGAGCUGCAGGCUGAGCAGUCUGUGCAGGAGGGUGAAACUGCAGUCUUCAAAUGCUCCGUCCGGCACACCUGUCCAUCCCACCAGCCCACUCUCACCUGGAGCCACACUGGAAAAGCCAUCAUGAGCUACAAGGACAUUGGUCAUGGAAACUGGGAAACAGAGUCUGUCCUGACCUUCAUCCCUCAAAAAGAGGAUGAUCACACCUCUAUCACAUGCACAGUCAAGCACCACGGGAAAGUCGAGGGCGAAAUGACAGUGACUCACUCUAUCUUUGUGAAAGAACAAGCAACUCUCAGUCACAUCCUCAUUCCAUCCAUCUCUGGUCUUGGAGCUGCUCUUUUGGUUGGAUUAAUGUGUUUCUUCAUUGUUAAGAGAUACAAGAAGCGCAUUGCAGAUCUCGAAUCCAGAAAUGACAAUGGAAUGUGGAGUCGACUAUCAAGAAUGUCUCGCAGGUUUCGUUCAGGUGACGCCAGCAGUGGUCCUGGUGGCAGACAGCAGAGGAGGUCUAUUUGGAGUAGAUUUUCAAGGAGAGGUCAAGGGAAUCAAAUUGACAGGAAUUUUGACAACAAGGCAAACAACGUAUGUACAGUGUCAGGAAACAAGCCUUUCUCCAAAGCUCCAAUGCCAUCACCAAAGAGUGAGGCCAAAUCAUAUUCUGAUCCCAAUUACGAUGAUGAUUACACCAACACAGCAGACCUCAACUUAUAUGGAAAUAUCUGAUGAAAAUGCCACAUUUUAGAUGAACACAGUAGACUUGACAUCAGGGGAGGAGCCUGUUGUAUUUUAAGCCUGACCUAUAAUGCCUACACAUAUAGUACAGUAUUACUGUAUUUACAUAUUGCUAUGAUGCUUACAUUGCAAAGUUAUAAAAAAUAAUGUACAGUACAUAAUAGUUAUAUAUAGUGCUAACAUACUUUUUAAUAUGCCAGAAAAACUGGAACUUUUAGCUGAAUUUAAGCUUGUCUCAUUCUGGAAUUUGUCCCAUUAUGGCAUCAUAUAGUGCAAGGAAAGAUCGCCUCUGCAGAAGAAGACCAACAGCUACUUCUGUAUUAUUGCCUCUUUACAUCCACCCACUGAACUGCACAUGUAGUAAGAGAAGAGGAAAGGCUAGAGAGAUGCAGACACAGGAUUACUCCAACAAAACCAUAGAGAGAUGCCUUUGUGGAGACGCUGUGUAGUGUUAGUUGUGAAAA